ACAACUGAUUGGUGCUGUUCCUUUAUACAACUUAUUAUUUUUAAUACGAGUUUAAGUAUGAGUGUACAAUCGGAUUCCGAAAAGCGAAAGCAGAUUUCUGUCCGUGGAAUUGUAGCAGUAGAAAAUGUUGCUGAAGUAAAGAAAGCAUUUAACCGGCACGUUCAUUACACUCUCGUCAAAGACCGCAAUGUUGCGACUCCAAGAGAUUAUUACUUUGCCCUGGCGCAUACCGUCAGGGACCACCUGGUUUCCCGCUGGAUACGCACCCAACAGUACUAUUAUGAAAAGGAUCCCAAGCGUGUCUAUUAUCUUUCGCUGGAAUACUACAUGGGCCGUUCUCUCCAGAACACUAUGAUUAACUUGGGCAUCCAAGGAACAGUAGACGAAGCUCUCUAUCAAUUAGGUUUAGAUAUAGAAGAGUUAGAAGAGCUUGAAGAAGAUGCUGGUUUGGGAAAUGGUGGCUUGGGUCGUUUGGCUGCAUGCUUUUUGGAUUCCAUGGCUACCCUUGGUCUGGCAGCAUAUGGAUAUGGUAUUAGAUACGAAUAUGGUAUCUUCGCACAAAAAAUUCAAAACGGUGAACAACAAGAGGAGCCGGACGACUGGCUGAGAUAUGGAAAUCCAUGGGAAAAGGCACGUCCAGAAUUCAUGCUUCCCGUUAACUUCUACGGGCGUGUUGUCGACACCCCCCAAGGGAAGAAAUGGGUUGACACGCAGAUGGUGUUUGCUAUGCCCUACGAUAACCCUAUCCCUGGAUACAAUAACAACGUAGUCAAUACUUUGCGGCUGUGGUCUGCAAAGAGUCCUAUCGACUUUAACCUCCGGUUCUUCAAUUCUGGUGAUUAUAUCCAAGCUGUGUUGGAUCGUAACGUCGCUGAAAACAUUUCGCGCGUGCUCUAUCCCAAUGAUAACUUCUUUGAAGGGAAAGAGUUGAGGCUCCGCCAAGAGUACUUUAUGUGCGCUGCUACUCUACAAGAUAUAAUCAGGCGUUACAAGGCUUCCAAAUUUGGCAGUCGUGAAGCAGUGAGAACCACUUUUGAACACCUUCCAGACAAAGUAGCCAUUCAGUUAAACGAUACUCACCCUGCCCUCGCUAUUCCAGAAUUAUUGCGUAUUCUGAUUGAUAUUGAAAAAUUGCCAUAUGAUGAGGCUUGGAAUCUCGUUGUUAAAUGCUGUGCUUACACCAACCACACUGUUCUCCCCGAAGCUCUGGAGAGGUGGCCUUGCUCCAUGUUAGAAAAUGUCUUGCCCAGACACAUGCAACUCAUUUACCAUAUUAACUUCCUUCAUCUUAAGGAGGUGGAAAAGCGUUGGCCGGGCGAUUUGGAUCGUAUGCGUCGUAUGUCUCUCAUUGAAGAAGAGGGUGAAAAGAGGGUUAACAUGGCCAACCUCUGCGUUGUUGGCUCUCACGCUGUUAACGGUGUAGCCGCCAUUCACUCCGAUAUUCUUAAGGCUACCAUUUUCCGUGACUUCUAUGAAAUGUGGCCGGAAAAGUUCCAAAACAAAACCAACGGUAUCACACCUCGUCGUUGGUUGCUUCUGUGCAAUCCUGGCUUAGCUGAUUUGAUCUGCGAGAAAAUCGGUGAUGAAUGGACCGUUCAUUUGGACCAGUUGCAGGGUCUGAAGCGUUGGUCCAAGGACCCUGGCUUCCAACGGGCGGUUAUGAAAGUAAAACAAGAAAAUAAGCUAAAACUUGCUUCUCUUAUCGAAAGAGAUACGGGAGUUAAAAUCAACCCCGCUUCUAUGUUUGACGUACAAGUGAAGCGUAUUCACGAAUAUAAGAGGCAGCUUUUGAAUAUCUUACACGUAAUUACGCUGUAUAAUCGCAUCAAACGUGAUCCAAGUGCACCAAUUGCUCCUAGAACCGUUAUGAUCGGUGGUAAAGCGGCGCCAGGUUAUUUUAUCGCUAAGCAAAUAAUUGCCUUGGCCUGCGCUGUAGGAGACACGGUCAACAACGACCCAGACGUGGGCGACAAGCUGAAGUUGAUAUUCUUGGAGAAUUACCGUGUCACUUUGGCUGAACGCAUCAUGCCAGCAGCUGAUCUCAGCGAGCAGAUCUCCACCGCGGGAACCGAAGCGUCCGGUACUGGAAACAUGAAGUUCAUGCUCAACGGAGCAUUGACCAUCGGCACUAUGGACGGAGCCAAUGUGGAGAUGGCAGAGGAAGCCGGUGAACACAAUCUGUUCAUAUUCGGUAUGCGGGUGAAUGACGUUGAGGCUCUGCAAAAGCGCGGGUACAACGCGUACGAGUACUACGAGCGCAACCCGGAGCUGCGGCAGUGCAUCGAGCAGAUCCGCAGCGGGUUCUUCUCGCCGGGCGAGCCGGGCCGCUUCGCGCACGUGGCCGACGUGCUGCUGCACCACGACCGGUUCCUGCACCUCGCCGACUACGACGCCUACAUCGAGGCGCAGGACAAGGUGUCCGCCGUCUACCAGAAUCCAACCAAAUGGGCGGAGAUGGUGAUCGAGAACAUCGCUUCUUCCGGCAAGUUCUCUUCCGACCGCACCAUAUCUCAGUACGCUAGGGAGAUCUGGGGCGUCGAGCCCACUUGGGAUAAACUCCCCGCCCCACAUGAAGUAUAAAUGUCGAAGAUAUUCAAAGAUUAGUAGCCUUUUAAUAAAAAUAUUCUACGUAGUGAGUCAAAAAUAUAUUUCAGAAUACGAAAAAAUAUAAUUCGCAUAGUUAUUUGAAACGCAUAAGGCUGCUACUACCAAAUUUGUUUACCAUCGAUGUCGGUGCUUGAUUGAAAGCACGCAGAUAUUUUUUGAUUAAUUAUUUUUAUAGCAUAUUUUAAGAAGUUUCAUAUUAUUAACAUUUCUUACUCAAAUACCUUUUUAUAUGAUAUAUACCCGUAUAUUUCUUGUUCCACCGAAUCUUACUUUAUGCAAGUAUUUAUUUCGUAUUUCCCUAAAGCUAUUUAUGAUAUUCUAAAUGAGUAUGUAUUGAAUGUCACAUGAUUAAAAAAAAAA